AGGACUCAGUACUCGACAUUUACACAGCUGUGGUGGAUCAAGGUGCUUUUCCGUUAUAACACUUUUAGACUGCAUGUCCUAUUUUUAAAAAAAUCAGGAUUACAGUUGCAGUUACAGCACGAGUCACGUCUUGAAAAGGGGAGCCAAAAACAAAAAUGUCGACUCGUCCUAUCAUUUGGCUGGUCUACAUGUGAUGGACGGAGUGGCCAUGGCUAUUAACCAUGAAGCUGGAGCCAGACACGUCCAUCGCUUCCUUCUGUCAAAGAAAGCCUCUCCGGUGCUACAUUGAACUCACACUCUCUGAAUAUGCCGUCCAAGUGCGAGAAAGCCCAACGGACUGCUUAACACCUGCUGUUCCAUCUGAGUAGGAGGUGGCAACAAAAGACCAAAUGCCAUGGAUGUAUUCAAUUAUACCUACUGGAAUGCCUCUGAAGGCAAUGACACAGAAGUUGUGGAAGAGAGCGAAAGCGCCUACAAGACUGUGGAGGUGGUGUUCAUUGUGUUGGUGGCCGGUUCCCUAAGUUUGGUUACAGUUAUUGGAAAUAUCCUUGUCAUGCUUUCCAUUAAAGUUAAUCGGAACUUACAGACUGUCAACAACUAUUUUUUAUUUAGCCUUGCAUGUGCAGACCUAAUUAUUGGACUGUGCUCUAUGAACUUGUACACAGUCUACAUAGUAAUAGGGUACUGGCCACUGGGGCCGGUGGUGUGUGACCUGUGGUUAGCCUUGGACUAUGUUGUCAGCAAUGCAUCUGUCAUGAAUCUUCUCAUCAUAAGCUUUGACAGAUAUUUCUGUGUGACCAAGCCGCUCAGCUACCCCGUCAAAAGGACCACCAAGAUGGCAGGAAUGAUGAUUGCUGCAGCCUGGGUCCUGUCUUUCAUUCUCUGGGCACCAGCCAUUCUCUUCUGGCAGUUCAUUGUUGGUGGGCGGACAGUACCUGAAAAGGAGUGCUACAUCCAGUUCUUCUCUAAUGCCGCAGUCACUUUUGGCACUGCCAUCGCCGCCUUUUACCUGCCUGUCAUCAUCAUGAUUCAGCUCUACUGGCAGAUUUCCAGAGCGAGCAAGAGCCGUGUAAAGAAGGAUAACCGUAAGCCAUCAGCAGCCAAUCCAGAGCCCCUGUCGCCUGGCCAGAGGAGGAACAACACACCAAAACCCAACAAUAACAACGUACCAGGGGAAGACACGGUGCGUUCCCAGAGCCUGAAUGCUGAUGAUGGAGCAAACCAGCAUGAUGGAAAGUUGCAAAAUGGCAAAGGACCUUCCUCGACCACUGCUGAGGGAGAAACUGAAGGUGAUGAGGUGGCGAGGGAGAACUGCACUCCUGGAGAAGAAAAGGAGAGCUCCAAUGAUUCAACAUCAGGAAGUGUGGCUGCGUCCAAUCAGAAGGAUGAGGAGGCGGCUCCCUCUGCCGCCAACUCCGGUGCAGAGACAAGCCAGCCGCUCCCACGUCAGCGAGCCAAGGCAGGGGGCUCCAAGCUGACCUGCAUCAAGAUCAAGACAAAAUCACCCAAGGGUGACUGCUACACACCAUCCAACGCCACCGUUGAGAUUGUCCCUGCCUCAGAGCGGCAGAAUCACGUGGCACGGAAGAUUGUGAAGAUGACAAAGCAACCUCCUAACAAGAAGAAGAAAGCACCGCCAUCACGGGAGAAAAAAGUGACCCGCACCAUAAUGGCCAUCCUGGUAGCUUUUGUAGCCACCUGGACUCCUUAUAAUGUGAUGGUGCUUAUUAACACCUUCUGCUCCAGCUGCAUCCCUAACACAGUGUGGACUAUUGGCUACUGGCUGUGCUACAUCAACAGCACCAUCAACCCAGCCUGCUACGCUUUGUGCAAUGCCACUUUUAAAAAGACAUUCAAACAUCUUCUCCUCUGCCAGUAUAAAAAUAUAAGGUCAGCCAGAUAAAUAGGGGCUCUUUCUAAGGAGAAAGAGGUGCCUGUGUGCGUGUGUGUGUGUGUGUGUGUGUGUGUGUAUAUGUGUGUGUGUGCCAUCCAUGUAUAGGCGUGUGUGUGUGUGUGUGUGAGAGCGUGUGUGUCUGUAAAAAAGGUUUGUGAGCAUGAAAAAGAAUGCAAGAGAACAUUUGAAGUUACUUUCCAUAACUAUAUCAUUUGUUUGUUUUUUUCAGUUUCUCUCUCAAUAACCGGUUGUAGCACUUUGCACAAAUUCAGCUGAUGCCAGUUGCUUUGAGAUGUGUCAUGCAGAAGCAGCAUAGAUAAGGAAGGCUGUGAGGAAUCCAGUUUCAUUCAGAGUUGUAAGCUAAGAAGAAAUGAGAGCUUGUAAAGCAGGGAGCACUUGGGAGUGACACUGAGCGGAUGAAAAAA